GCAAAACAUUCAAAGCCAAUAUGAGUUAGGCUUCGAACAUCUUUUGUAUGCUGUGGGACUUAAACGAGGGCACAUCUUAUGGAACCACUUAUUGCAUUCAUCACACUGCAUUCCCUCUUCCACAAGGAGCACACAGUUUGUUUGUCCACAUUUGUGAGUACUACCAACCAUUUUAGUGAGAUCAAGGUUUCAAACAAAAUAUGAACACAAGUGUCAGUCAAUGAGUAAAAGGGUACCACAAGACAAACUUUAGCAAGAUUUCAAAGCUUAACUAAAGUACUUUUAAUAUAAAAUAGACCAAGAAUGCUUUUGAUACAACAAUUACACAAAAGCAAUGAUAAUCACAUCAAGUACAAAAUCACUGCCUUUUUUGAAACGCGCUCGUGUAUUAUUGUUGUCUAUGGACGACAAUUCUACUGUAUGCUAUUUAAAAUUAGUCCCUUGAUAUUACUGAUCAUUCAGAUAGAAUUUUUAUUCUGAAUUGCGACUUUUAAUUCCUAUAAAUUGCUUAUUGUAUGUCAGGCAAAUCUAAUUUAAUGGGUCAUUGAGUGACUUGGUUUCUUAGCCCUCUAUCUUCUAGUACUAAUUGAUAACAUAAAAGCCUCCUAUAUAUGCAAUAUCUAUUAAACAUUGAUUUUUAGGAUUUAUUAGAAGCAUUCAACAAUAUAGUUGAAGAUAUGGUUUGUAUUCCGUGCAUUGUAAUACCAGUCAUAUUAUGGAUACUACAUCGGCUUUUAUAUCCUGUCAUGUACUACUUUUUUCCAAAAUUAAAGCCCAUUCCAGAGCCGACAGUUGAUGAAUUGGAACAAUUGGAUGAUAUUACAAAAGACAAUGUAACCGAUACUUGUCAGCCAUCAUCACCUUCAAAGUCUAAAUCCGACUGAUUUCUUUCUUGUUGCAUUCUGU